AUGAAUGACAUCAGUCAGGUGGUGAAGAACUACUACGCAGUAAUUGGUCAAAAGGAUGAAGACAUUUUUGAGCUCUACCGUGACAACAAACGCCUGCAGAAGCAGCUGGAGGAGGUGCUCAUGGGUGAGGAGGAGCGCGAGACAGACCGACGGACACUGAAGCUUUUGGUAUUCACGCUGCAGACCGAGCUACGGGAAAAGCAAAUGCUUAUUGACGCCCAGCAACAGGAAAGCGCUGCCAUUCGCGACGCCGUCUGGCGCGUGCGUGAGGUUCUCAAUAUGUCCUCUGAGUUAGACUACCCCGUUGGGGCUGUCAUCGAUGCCUGUAUUAACCUGCACACGGAGUGCGGCGAGUUGCGGGCGCGGCUGGAGUACAUAGUUGGCGUGUGGAGGCACUCAAGGUCGCUGGCUUUUCCCACACUGUUUUGGGCGGAACAGUACGCCCGUGACGCCAUUUCGGACGCCUGUAACGGUGCCUACGCCUCCUUGGCACGCCUCCUGCGAUGUGCAAAGCAGGCUCUAGUUGAGAAGCAGCAGCUCCGCGAGUCCCACAGAGCCGCGGAGAAUGCGCAGGGCCAGAGAAUGGAAUUGAUGGAAAAACAAUCGCAGGUGGAGCGCUCACAACAGGAGCGUGCUGUGGAGGAGUGGAAGGAGCAAGUGACGUGCGCCAAUGGACACCUGCUGCUGCUUCGGAGCUGCCUGCGCCACGAGCAGGAGGAGAAGGAAUUGCUCAUGGAGGCGGCGUGUACCCGGCUGGACUUGAUGGUGGAACGAAGCGCCGAUGUGGAGCGUCUGUUGGCAUUGGCGUUUAGAGCCGUCGUCCGUCGUGACAAACAAUUACAGGAGGUGCGGCACGAGGCGGCGGCGUUGCGUGGGAAGUUGCAGAAGUUGCAGGCUGACUUUUCCCGCGCAAGAGCCCUGCUGCGGCGGAAGCCGCUAUCAGACCCUCCCCAACAUCACCACCACCACCACCAGCAGCAGCAGCAGCAGGGACUAGACAGCAGUGGUUGUAGCAAUCCCAUGACGCGGGACAAUGGCGAGAAGGAGAAGGGUGGCACCGUGCAGGAUGCCUUCCGUGCACUGCUGGUGGAGCACGAGGCGCUCAAGGCGGAAUGGCGGGGAUGCGUUGAGCGUGAGCGGGAAGCGCGACAGCAGGCAGCCACGAGGAUCAAUAAACUGAAGGCCGAGUGCUCCGCGCGCGAGACCGCAGUUGUGGCGUGCCAAGAACGUUGCGCCACACUUGAGAAGGCGUUGCGGCGUACGCGGCUAGAGGCAAAGCGUCAUUUAAAGGAAGUGCAUCACCUGCAGGAACGACAUGCCGCGGCGAGUGGCGAAGCGAAUCUCCACCUGGAACGAAUUAAGGGUCUGGAAGAGAUGAACCGUGCGCUCAGGGAGGAGAAGCUGACGCUCUCGUCACGCGUAGAGACUCUGCAGGAAAAGGCACGGGAAAAGGAGGAGGCGUUGAACUCUGCAGAGCGUAAUUUCCGUGAGCGUCUCGCCGCGGUUGAAAGGCGACUGCAAACGGAGAAGGAGGGAUUUCUCGGUGAGCUGAAGGAGUGGACGUCGGUGCUGGAGGAGGCGCGCAAAAAGCUCGCCGUCGCGGAGGGUGAGCGUGAUCGCGAGCAGAUGCUGCGUGGCAUGUUGGUGGAGCAGCACCGAGAUGAGGAACGGAUGCUGAAGAAGGUUGCGGCAGAGGAGCAUCAGGCGGCUGUAGCGGUGCUGCAGAGCAAAAUAGAUGUGCUUGAGCGUGCCUGCGAAAGAAGCGCCGCGGUGAUUGCAGAACUUCGCGAGGCACUACACCGGGCCAAAGCAGAGACAGGCACUGCCUAG